UGUCUCAAAUAAGUCGAACCGGUUUUCUUACUAGGACCUAUGACGUCAAAGGGUCAGCUAGUUUGACAUUUGCGACACACGUUACGCAGACGACAUGAUUUUUUGACACAUUUUUGGCCACAUUUUUUGUUUUGCCACAGUGGUGUACAUAGGAGGUUAACGUUCUUGGGUGUACGUGUUAAGAACAUGGCCUUUUUGCUCAGAAAGGGAAGGCAAUGUUGGUUUGGCGUUCGCGGCCUGGCGUCCUACCAAAGGCAGGGUGCAGCGGCGGUCACAGAGUUUCCCGACAAAGUAUCAGAGCAGCCUACUAACAAAAUCGCACCAGCCGCUUCAGUAGACCAAAGCCAGAAGUUUAACGUGCGAGUGGUCACCAGACACAUCGAGGUCCAGUCCACGGCCGACCGCGCCCCUCUGUCCGACGACAGACCUCUGGUCCUGCUCUUCUCGUGGUUGUACGCCAGUCGGAAAGUGUUGGACAAGCAUCGCGUUUUGUACCACAGACGGGGGUACGACGUUCUGACGCUCAAGGGAGAUCCUCUGUUCGCCUUUUCACCUACAGGUUUGGGUGGGAGAGUUGCCGAGGACGCUCUGAAGUUGAUAAAGGCGGAAGCGAAGCCGACACAGCCGUUCCUCGUGCACAGUGUGUCUGUAGGGUUCGCCCCAUACGCCAUGCUGCUGAAACAGGCACGGGAGAACCCGGAGUACGCCGGCGUUCUGGACAGGAUUGUCGGGCAGGUGUUCGACGGUCCAGUCGGUGACACCAAAGGGUGUGCAGUCGGGGUGGGCAAGUCCAUCAACAAUCCUGUCGGGAAGAUGAUGUACACAGCCAGCGUCUGGAGCUAUUUCACGUUCGUGCCGGGAGUGUUGAAGGCACACGAUCAGACCCGGUACUGUUGGGAAACCAUGGUCCCGAAGACGCCGAUCCUGCUGUUCGGUUGUCAUGACGACCCGAUGUCCACCCGAGCGUACAACGAGCGCUGCGCAGAGAGCUGGCGCAUGCGCGGCUGCGACGUACGAAUGCAGUUCUGGGUCGAGUCUGCGCACUCCAACCACAUGAGAAUCCACAAAGAACAAUACGUCACCGCUUUGGACAAUUACCUGGAUAGUAUAGAACUGUAGAUACAGUUUUAACUG